GCAACAAGCACCGCGCCAGCUUGCGGAGGAGUGGGUGAAGCACAAGAUGCCUUCCAAGGACCAAGGGACGUCCAGGGCCACUCCCUGUUCGGGCCGCCCGAGCGCACGCUGCCGGCCCCCCCCGAGGGGCUGACCGUGAAGGCCUCCGAGGCUCAGACGUACGAGAGGGCCCUGGCGUGGCACCAGAAGAAGGAGGAGAAAAACAAGCAGCGCGCGAAGGAGAAGUUGGUAACAGAGCUGAGCACGCUCAGGAACCCGAAGAUCACCGAGAAGUCGAAGUUCCUCGCGACCAGCUACAAGUCUGGCCCGCCCCCGAUGGCGGAGCGUGCGAGGCGACGCAUCGAGGAGGCGAGGGCUAAGGAUCGGAGAGCGAGUGCACCUUCCGGCCCCAGGUGUGCAAGGGCACCCGCCAGAUGCACGCCACGAUGCUGCAUUCGGGCGCCCAGUGGCACAGCCGCCUCCAGCCCCAGCACGUGCGCAGGGACCGCAUGGGCUGCAGGGCGAGGCGGGACGCCGACGUCGACGCGGACUGUACCUUCUCGCCCAGGCUUUCCCCGAUGGCGCAGCUGCUCGUGCGCGACGGCACCUUCCACACCUCUUCACCCCCGCCACCGCGCGCAGCCCCGCCCUCAGCGCCAGCAGCUCGCUGCGCAGCCUGCGGCCGCAGAGCGCCCGCGGCCUCCCGUGGGUGCCGGCCGGCCCCGCGCGGGUGCCCCCGGCGAGCGGCGGCGACUUCGGCGCCUCCGCCCGCGGCUCCCCGAAGGGCGGCGCGCCCCUCAGCGCCAGCAGCUCGGCGCGCAGCCUGCGCGGCGCGCCG